UUCUUUCCUCAACUCAUCAUACUACUACAUCCUAUCUUACCUUUCAAGUUUUCUACUUUAAACAAAUUGUUUACUACAUACUCUUGUUAUAUUUUCUUCCAAAGAUAGAAUGGCUGAUUACAUGCAACACGGUGGUCAACACAUGACCUCGCGUCAGUACCCGGGGCAGCAGCAGCAGCAGCCACGCGCUCACCAGGUGAUCAAGGCGGCCACCGCGAUAACAGCCGGUGGAUCGCUGUUAGUCCUUUCGGCGUUAACGCUAGCCGGGACCGUGAUUGCGUUGACUGUAGCCACGCCGUUGCUGGUUAUAUUCAGCCCGGUGUUGGUGCCAGCAGCUAUCACAGUUGUGCUGUUGAUCUGUGGGUUUUUGUCCUCGGGUGGGUUUGGGGUGGCGGCGUUGUCGGUGUUGGCUUGGAUUUACAGGUACAUGACGGGGCACCACCCGCCCGGAGCUGAUCAGUUGGAGCAAGCGAGGAUGAAGCUGUCUGGAAAGACGAGGGAAGCUAGAGAAAAGGGUGAGCAUUUUAUUCAGCAGGCUACUGGUGGAACUCAUGCUACCCAGCAAAGUUCUUGAUUUCGAAGUAAAUAAUUAAGGUUCGUUGUUGGAUGUAUGCUGCUACCUACCUAGCUAGCUAAGUUGGAGAUAAUGGCCUCGAAUAAUAACUUUGACGGCGGAUCGAAGAAAAUGGCGUGGUGAUGAUCGAGGGGGUUAUGGUUAGGUUUUGGGGGGAAUUGAAGUAUUUAUUUUGAGGGUUUAUAGAUUGUGGUUUAAUUUGUUUGUAAUUGUGUUUUUUUUUUUUUUUUUUUUUUCUUUUUUGGUAUGUUGAAUUUCGUUCCCCUCUUAGUUAUGGUUAAUUUUUGUGGUUUUAUCAUCUGCAUUUUAAAUUGUUAAUUAGCUUUUUUGAAUAAACAAUGUUAGGAUCUUUUUCGUCAAAAAAGAAAAAAUUGUUGAACUUCUUAGAUUGGCA